UCUACGGGAGUGCUGAGGUUUGUGCUUUCGUAACAAUAGUAACAACAACAACAAUAUUGGAGUUUGUAAUUAACCGCCCAGUGCGGUACGAUAUGUACCCUUCCUUGUACUGGCGCCACGGGGAUGGCGUCAGUCUGCAUUGACCAUAGCCAUAGUGGGUUGUCGUUCUUCUCGCCUCGGAGUAAAGCUCUGAUUUACUCCACUUUACUCGCUUCUUUCUUGCCCUACUUCACACCCCAACAUGGCGCAGUAUCGUGUAAACUGGGGUGAGGCACCAGGAAAAGACAGAGGCGACCCAAGACUAGAGCAGGCACCCCAGGAGGAAGUCCUCACCCUCACUCCAGGCGGCUGGGUGCCCCACCCGCUGUUACCCAGUCCCUCCUACUCCACACCGAGGGGGGGGGCCCAGCACGCCCUUCGCUCCAGCCACAGCUAUCCAGCAACCUGCCCUACAUGCACUCUGCACUCCAGCCACAACUAUCCAGCAGCCUGCCCUACAUGCACCCACAUCAGCCCAGCACCCGUCCAAACCCCUCAUCUGAGCCAGGUACAGCAACUCAAGGUAUGUCAACAGCGGCUUUUGAGACCUGGGCCGUCAGCGUGGAGGACUACGGCCUCAUUUGUGGGUGGCCUCAUUUGUGCCACCUCAUACGUGCGCCUCCUAUGCGACAGCAACCUCCAGCAACUCAUCGACUCCCUCUACGACAAGCAAGAGUUCAGGCAGCUCCCAAUCGACGCGGUGAGAAGUGUAGUGGUCGGGCAGCGGUGCAAGUUGGGUUCAUGCUCAGAUCUCUUCUACUGCCAGGAGCCCGGGGACAGUGUCGAUGCCUACCUGUCGAGGUGCUGUGCCCUGGCAGCAGAGUGCAACUUUCACUGCCCGGAGUGCGAUAACUCGCUGACUGAGUAUGUGUUGAGCAGAAAAGUGAUCAUGGUUUUAAGUAAUAUCAGCUAAGGAAACCAUCAAGAACCUAGCGGCAGAGGGGCUAAAGUUCUACGACACGUCAUGCCCCACAGCCAUCCUGACAGACUACAGCCGUCAGGGCAUAGGGUUCAUAGUCAUGCAGCAGUAUUGCCAGUGUGUGUCCCUAGAGACCCCGAUGUGCUGCCCAAAUGGUUGGAAGUUGGUCCUCUGCGGCAGCCGGCACCUCACAGGGGCAGGAAAAAAACUACAGCACGCUUGAAGGGGAGGCACUUGCGAUCGCCUGGUGUUUGCAUCCUCCUAGGAUGCAAAAACCUAACCUUUGUCACUGACCACAAGGCACUCACCAAGAUCUUCGGUGACAAGGAGCUGAAGGACAUCCACCCCGCAUCCUGAACGUAAAGGAAAGAACUCUGAUGCACAAUUUCCGGGUCAAAUACAUCAAGGGGAAGACUAAAUGCGCAGCAGACGCCCUUUCCCGCUACCCUGCCCUCGCCUGUGCGCCGAAGGAGUCAGAGGAGGCCGACGACGAGAUAGUGUGCGCUGCCAUGGUCGCCGCAGCAGCCGACGCAACUAUGGAUGGCGUGGGGCGUGUUGUGGACCUGCUUUGUGUGGAGAAGGAGGCUCUCAGGGACGAGGAUUAUCGGCUUCUCCACGAAUGCGUCGCCAACAUUGGGUGGGGUGAGCAGGACUCCGAGCCACCAUCACUACGGCUGUACUUCAGGAUGCGGCGCCACCUCUCAUGUCAAGGGGACAUUGUGCUGUACGAAACAAGUUACUCUGGCCCCUAGUUCUUCCGGCCCAGGUCACUCCAGCCCCUAGUUCUUCCGGCCCUGGUCACUCCGGCCUCCCUUACCUUUGACCCAAAUCAUACCAGCCUCCCCUAUGUGUGCGUGACUUGUCGCCUUGUUUACAAUCCAUGAUUCCAUGACAUUUGAUGGAACCGAAAUACCGAAUUUGUGUAUUUUAUGCAUAUAGGCUAUAAAUAAAACAUUAAUACAAAUGUAAACAAAUAUCAAAAGGUAGGAGAAAUAACCAUGCCCGAGGACAUGUUUUGAGUAUCGUUUGCCCGAUCACUUCGAUCUGAUGAAUGAUGAAUCCAGUCCCAGUGUGGACCACAGUCAGGUUGGCAGAGCGCAACUCAGGUGUUCCGAUAGUCCUAAGUUUAAUAUAUAUCACGUAUGGCUUAAUUGUUUCGAAGCUAUUAGGUUAAAUACUCACUCAUCACAGCUUGAUACAUGAAAUGUUUCUGAUGAAGAUAUAUGAACCUGUCGCGAGUCUCUUACAUUAACUAAUGGGUCUCGAUAUGCAAAAUUACUGGUCUGGAAUUAAUAUGAAGCAAAGUUACUUCGGAACAAGACCCUGCAUAGGACCACAUUCUGACCAUGGCUUCCUUUCCAUGCAUUUACUGUUCUACUGAAGUCCGUCCACGCCAGCAAGCGCUGCAGUGCGAUGGGUGUGACCAGUGGCAGCACUGAACGUGUGACACUGGUAUAACUCAGGAGGAUUACCACCGCAUGGUGCGAGGAGAAAUUGGUGACCAACAGUGGUAUUGUGUACAGUGCUUGCCUCCAGAAAUCACAGAUUCUCUGCUUGAUGUCCCUGUCGCCGAGAGCACAGUGCUUGAAACUGAUAGCAUGAAGGUUACACCUAUCCCUGAUAUCAGCACCCGACCAGCAAUUCCAAAUCAGUGUGAAGAAGACGUACUAGCUGACGAGAUAAUUGAGGAUGUUCCUGGUGUAGGUGAAGCCCUUGUGAUAUCCUAUAAACUCAUUGAGGGUGCAAUGAGAGGAGGAAAAACACUCCUGGCUGAUUCCUUAGGCUACACAUAUACUGAAAAGUCACUAGGAAAAAAGAAAAUACAACGUGAAGGCAAGAAGACAUGGCGAUGCAGCGUUAGGAGCAAGUCUCUAACUUGUCCAGCUACUGUCUCACAGGAUGGUGAUGUUUUUACUCGUGGAUCUCGUCACCAUGUUCACGAAGCCCAGCCUGGUAUCACAGCUGAAGUCACUGCCGCUGCAAAAAAGCUAGCUAGAGAGCAGGAAAACAUGUUUAAAUCUGCUGCGACACUAGUUGACCAUGCCAUAAUGCAGAUAGAAGGUAGUGAUACUGCUACUGUAAAUGCAGUUUAUAUAGGCCACAUUGUGAACCGUCUG